GAGAGAUGUGCCGUGCGCACCUCACAUACACAGGGUUCGAGCGCUUAUUGAGUCAAGUGCGAGUCCAAAAGAGAGAGCGAAUGCGAGCAGUUGAGUGGGAUGCAAUGAAGCAAUAAAACAGAACAUUGGAAGAAUAGUAGGAUUUAAAGACAAAAAGUUUCAAAAUGAACGUUAUGAGACAAUGAAACGGGCUGCAAAAAGGAAUCCGUAGAGAGAGGACAGAACAUUAAGGAUGUGUUUUAUUUUUUAUUUUGGAGAGGAUGUCAACGUUGUUUUUCAAGUAGCUAACAACAUUGCCAUUCAAAAGGAAAUGCAUCAGAAGGAGGCAACGCUGAUAUCUCCAAGGGGUCCUUAGACCUGAGGCUGUUGUCCUCCUGCCCCUCUGCCCACAGCCUCCUACCAAGCUGGUCUCUUUUAAUGGUUGGCACUAGCCACCGCGGCCCUGAUUACUGCCCACACAGACACAGCCUGAUGAUCACUGGUGCCAUGGGAGCGGUGCGAGUCAACAGAUACAGCAUCGUAGCCACCGAUGAAGACCACUUCAAGAUCUCCACCCUGGGCCUCCACAAUGGCCAUGGUCCCCUGAUGCACCACAAUAUGACUGGGAGGGGUAUGGGGGGCGGAGGAGGUGGUGGAGGAGGAGGAGGGUCAGAAGGAGGAGGAGGCGGCAGCUCAUUAACCCUGCGAGCAACAGAGCCUGUCCACAACGGCCGCCAGAUCUCCACGACGGGGCCCAACCAUGUCCGGAGCCGCUUCGUGAAGAAGAACGGCCAGUGCAACGUGGUUUUCCACAACAUGGAAGACAAGACGAAACACUACCUGGCCGACAUAUUUACCACCUGCGUGGACAUCCGCUGGCGUUACAUGCUGCUCCUCUUCACCUCUACCUUCCUGCUGUCCUGGUUCCUCUUCGGUGUGGUCUUCUGGGGAGUGGCCCUGGCCCAUGGGGACUUCGACCUUCGACCCGGCCUGGGAGAGGGGCCUCUGGCCGGCUUGGAGGGAGGAGGGGUGGAGUGGAAGCCCUGCAUCCUACACGUCCAAGGCUUCGUAGGAGCGUUUCUCUUCUCCAUAGAGACCCAGACCACCAUUGGGUAUGGGUUCCGCUGCGUCACCGAGGAGUGUCCGGCGGCGGUGGCUACGGUGGUGGUCCAGUCCAUUGUGGGCUGCAUCAUCGACUCCUUCAUGAUCGGAACCAUCAUGGCCAAGAUGGUUCGACCUAAGAAGCGGGCGCAGACCUUGCUGUUCUCGCACCAUGCGGUAAUCUCCAUGCGGGACGGGAAGCUGUGCCUGAUGUUUCGCCUGGGGAACAUGAGGAAAAGCCACAUCGUGGAGGCUCACGUCCGGGCGCAGCUCAUCCGGCCGCACGUCACCGCCGAAGGCGAGUACCUCCCCAUGGAGCAGACCGACAUCGACGUGGGCUACGAUGAGGGCCUGGAUCGCCUCUUCCUGGUGUCUCCGCUGGUCGUGGUCCACGAGAUCAACGAGAACAGCCCGCUGUACUGCAUGAGCAGCGCCGACCUGACGACGGAGGACUUUGAGAUCGUGGUGAUACUGGAGGGGAUGGUGGAGGCCACGGCCAUGACCACCCAGGCCCGCUCCUCCUACCUGGCCAGGGAGAUCCUGUGGGGCCACCGCUUCGAGCCCGUGGUCUUUGAGAAGGAGCACCGCUACCAGGUAGACUACUCCCGCUUCCACAAGACCUACGAGGUGCCAGCUACUCCGCACUGCAGCGCCAGGGAGCUCCGGGAGAUGACGGGCCGAUCCCGCUCCCCCUCGUCUGCCUCCGGCUCUAGUUCUACCCGGUCAGUGUCCCCUCUCGGUCCCAAGUCCUCCGGCCUCCACCUCUUGCCUCCACACUCCCCCAGCGCCUUCUGCUACGAGAACGAGGUGGCCCUGUGCUGCGGGGAGGAGGAGGGGGAGGAGGUAGGGGAGAUGGGUGUGAUGCUGGGAGGGAGGGACGACGGGGAGGGGGAGGAGAGGGACGUGCAACUAGACAUCUUCCAGGAGAGAUUUCAGGACCAGGUAGCGGUGGACAUGAACAUGCUGUGUGUGCUGGACAUGGACAAUCAGAUUGACAGGCUGCAGCCGGCUAUAGCUCUUGAUGCGCUGGGCUUCAGGAGGGAAUCAGGAGUGUAGUGACUGAUUCACACUAUAGAGUCAAACUGAGACAAGACAAUCCUGCACUGGCUUGGUUACGCAUCCACUAUAGUUGCUGGAACUGUGCUAGAAAGGAUAUAUUGUGAGAGGAAAAUGUCUAAGCCAGUCAGGGCCGUAGCUACAUAUGAGGACACCGCGGUCCAGACCUAGUUAAUUUUUUUCAAAUUAAAAUAAAUAUGUAUUUUGGGGAACUCAUUCUGGGUCUGAACUUACUGUUGAGAGUUAGAAUAGUAGAAUACACAAGGUUCAAUUUUGAAACUUGGCUGCCCCAGAUUUCCUCUGUCACUCACUGACAGUCACUCAAUUAGCCCAUGUCAUUAAAAAUAAAAUAAAAAUAGGUAAAUUAGUCUAGUUAGUCUAGACUAAACUUGUAGUAAUCAUGGCCAAAUUACUGACUGGGCACAUAGGGCACGUGCCCAGGGGCCCUGACCUCCAGGGGUCCCCCAUUGAUUUUGUUAGUCACUCUCACUCAGAUAUCAUAUUAACCAUAAGUCAUGUCAAAAUGUGUAGAUUUGCAGGAACAUUUCAAAACUUUUUUUUAAUGCUUUACCAUUUGUUAAUUAAAUACUUUCUGCUAACAGAUCCCUCAGUACCUAAUAAAGGAUCGAUUUUAAUCCUGGUGCUGAGUUAACGUGUAGCGGCUAAUUGUGUAGCUAGGCUAUGCGUUUGUAGAUCGACUGAGGUGAAUGAAGCUACAGAAACUAUAGUGAUAAUCGCUUAGGUCCUUUUUUUUGCUCUUCUCCAAAUAGCAUUUUAGAGUUUUUUAAUUGUAUAGAAAUGCAGUAAAAUGUCCUCACUAACACGCAGACCCUGGCUACAGCCCUGAAGCCAGCACAUUGUGGUUUGGCUCGGCCCUGUAGUGUGAAUCAGUCAUAGAAGACUCUCAUGUCUAGUGUCCCGAAUGAACUAUGUGCCCUUGGUACAGUUCCUCUGCUUUUUGUGUAUCCAACCAAAGUCCUCAGAUAGAGAAGGAAAGAAUUCUGCAGCACAACGAUGAAGGAAGGUUGAAUGACCUUAUUAUUCUCUUGAGUUUCUAUUUGUUUUGAAACAUAGUUGUGUUCAGUACAUGGGUCUAAAUUUGCAUUUUAUAGCGCAAGACUUAAAUGCAUUCUUAUUGUAUUUAAUAUUCAGUUGUAUAUAUUCUUUGGAAUAAUAUUCUUUGUGAAGUGACUUUUGGUUCCAUUCAACCAAAUCUUGGUACAGUUUUUUUCAUUUACAGAUAGCUGUCAUGAGUCAUUAAUACUUUCAAAACCACAAAUUAAGUUGAUGUGGUAUUAAAAAAGUAUUUUCUGUUUGUAAAUAUAUAAUUUUUCAUGCUUAGAAACUAGGGCCGGGAUGAUACCAAUAUCGCGAUACUCGUUAAUAUUGUGGCAAGGAAACAAAGCAUUAAGCGGUGUCAUAAUCUUCAUCUUCUGAUGAGGUGAAAUCAUCGGACCAAUACGCAGCAUGGUAAGUGUCCAUACUUAUACAUUUAUAUUUUUAAACGUGAACACUAAACAAAACAAGAAAACGAACAACAGUCCUGUAAGGUGCUCACACUGUACAAAGGAAACAACCACCCACAAAACACAAGACAAAAAACCCUACUUAAAUAUGGCCUCUAAUCAGAGGCAAAGAGAUUCAGCUGCCUCCAAUUAGAGACCAAUCCUAAACAAUUACUACAUAGAAAUAGAAUACUAGAAUAUAAAACAGAGAAAUACAUAACAUAGAACUAAACCAAAACCCCGAAACACACAAAACAAACACCCCCUGCCACGCCCUGACAACACUAUAAUAACAAACAACCCCUUUUACUGGUCAGGACGUGACAAGCGGAUUUAACUUCUUCAGAAAAACAUCCGUAAUGUUGGAAACAAACAUCAUUAUGUUGUCAUUCAGAGUCACAUUUACUUAUUUUCCAAGCUAUAGCACCCAAUAAUUUACAUACAUUUUUUACGAACCAAAGAGUUUGGUCUGCUUUGUGUUUCCAAUGAAUAUUGCGACACUGGUAACAUCACAGACCUAUUAGAAACCAUGGUAAUUUUGUCUUCCUGCUUAAGGUAUAUUACUGUUAAUGUUUGAUACAUGAGCUAUGUAUUCCAAAAUUAGAAAAUAUUUUAUGACGGAAAAAUAAAUGAUGGAAAAACAAUGAAUCUGAACAGAAACUGAGUUGGAAAUAACAUGUAUUGUCCAGAUAAAGAAUAAUGAGCACUUUAUUCUGUAUUUUAUCAAAAGGAAUAUCUAAAAAAAUAUAUAUAUAUAUUUGAAUUGCUGUUUUGUAUGAAUUAAUAAAUGUCUAAUAAUAAUAAUAAUAAACAAGCAGCAGUAGCUGUUCUGGUUGACACACUCUGCUCUGUUCUCACACAAUUUUUUCCCAUCAGUCCCAAAGGUCAAAGGUCAAACUGACCCCAUGUUGAUGUCCACCUGUUUCUGACUGCUCAUUGGUUGGCCUGGUUUGGGGAAGUGUGUGUGUGAUGUGAAGGCAGGGGGUUGUUGUUCUCUAGCUCAGUGACUCAGAGGUAAUCCCAUACACACACCUGUCUUUCUCACGAUUCUCUCUUUCUGAACCAAAACUGGGGUAUCACCCCAAAUCUGUGUCAAACUCAAAUAGCUCAGUACAGAGAGUUAUUAUUUGGCAGGUUGUCUUUUAAAACGUCCCAGAGAGUGUGGGAGAGAGGGUUAGAUGGAAAUAGAAAUAGAUACAGACUGGAGGACAUACUAGGCCGAGGGGCAGUGGGGAGGGAGAGAUAGAGAGAGAGGGGAGAGGAGAGAGAAAGAGGGAGAGGAGAGGAGGGGAGGAACAGCUUGCUUACACCACACAGUCGUUUACUGUACCUACCCAGUUCACCACUAGGGGGCAGUGAAGACUGCUCCACCACAACAGACCAAUGGAAGAGAGAGUAUGGUAUACCAGCUCCCUCAUGUGGUAAAUGAUCAGUCAACCGUAACAUCAUUUAUUUUAAAGACGACUAGUCACAAAACCUUUAUUUUCUGAAGUGCUAAGGCCCACCGGAACCCUUUAUUUUCUGUAUAUGAAGAAUUUCAUUCCAAAACAAUAUCCAUUUUCAGAAAUGUUAGUAAAUCAACUUUUAUUGUUUAAAGAACUUAUGAAAGAGAUUGGUGUGUUUUUUCACUGUCUAAUCAUGGCAUGGGGUUGUUCAGUGACAGACAUGUAUUUGUUUAAAAUCUAUCACUUGAUGGUUUCGUUUCAGAGAGACAAAAUGCUAUAUAUCCGCCUCAUUCUCAGAUAAAUAAGUAGUACUGCUAGGUUUUACACAGUCAAAUGUAACAAAUAACUACAUUUUUCAUAGAGAACUGUACAAAUUAUGCAUUUAUGAAAUCAAUGUUUAAAUAAAAAAUAAAAUAAAAAUGCAAUACAGUAAUAGGAGAUCUGUAUGUAAAACAUUUGACAUUUAGCAGACGCUCUUAUCCAGAACGACUUACAGUAAGUGCAAUCAUUAUAAGAUAGCCCGGUGAGACAACCACAUAUCACAGUCAAAUAUACAGGAUAGGAACAUUCAAGCUAAACAAUGGAUUUACAGUAUAGCAUUUUGAAAACACACACAUCAAACCCAUAAG